AUAAAACUAUUUUAUUCAGUUCAUAAUAUGCAAUUUAUAUGAUGUUGAAAAUGUAAUAUUUUCAGUAAUAAUAAAAUAUAUGUAUUGAAUCCAUUGGAACAAUCAAUUAAAUUCUUGAAUUUAUAUAAAUAUAAAUAAUUCUUUGUUAUAAUAAUGAUAAAAUUCAAUUUUUAUAUAUUUUAGUAUAUUUUUUAUAUAUUAUAGUAUAUAUUAUUUCAUAAUUCAUUUAAUUUAUUUUAUAAUUUUACAAUUCGUAUAAUUUUAAAACAAUGUUUAUAUCGUUAAAACAAUUUAAUUAUUUUAUAAAUAAAAUUGGAAUAAUAAUUUAUAAAAAAAAUAUGGAUUUGUCUCAAAAAUGUGGAAAUAUUCGUUAAUUGAAAAUUCUUAAAAUAAUUUCAAACAAAAUUUUUCUUUGUAAAAAUUUUCGUUAUUGCUUUCUUAAUAACUUAUUAACAAUAAAUAUUGAUCAAUCGAGCGUAUAAUUUGAUAAUUGACUAUGCUGUCGAUCGAGCAUAAACAAGUCUAAGCAACAUAUAUCGAAAAAAUACAUUAAUUUAUCAUAUUUAUUCAUUGUUCGUGAUAGAAUUCGAUAUAAUUUUCUAUUGAUAAAAAAAUAUUUGUUAUAUUUUAUCAAUAUACUUUUUAAUAUAUGUUGUUUGGCGAUAUAAAAUCAACGUUAUCGCAAUUUAAUUAGACUCCGUGAUUGGCUAAUAUUUUUUGUUAAAAAAAAUUAUAAUGAAAAUUAUCUCAAGAAUAUUCAGUUAAUGGAUGUUCUCAUAUUUUUGAAAUAUCUUAUUAUGGAGAGGAUAUUUGAAAAAACAUAUUUUAUAUAAUAAUAAAAAUAAUUUUUAGUGUAAUUAUAUUAAAUAAACAUAUAAUUAUAAAAAACAUCUUAUUUCAAUAUAAAAAUUGUAAAAUUUUUUAUUUCAUUUAUAACAUACAUAUCUAUUUUUAUAAAAAUGUUUUUUAACAAUUAUUUUUUAAUUAUUUUUAUUUAUAAUUAAUAUAUUUGAUAAAUUAUAUUUAUUUAUUAAUUAUAUUUAUUUUUUAAUUUCUUUAUCUUUAUUAUAUAAGAAUAAAGUUAAUUUUUAUAUAAUAAUAUUUAAAUAAAUUAUUUAAUUUUAUUCAAAUCAAAAUAUUUUUUUAUUAUUAAAUAUUAUAUUGAUUAGAAAUGCGAUAAAUUUAAAUAUCAUAAAAUUGCAUAAUCGAUAAUUUAUAUUUUACGUCGUUGAAGAACUUGCGUAGUACCUGUUGAAUUCUUCUCUAAAUCUUGUGAAAAUUGUGCAGGUAUAGUAGCAAUUUUGUAAUUGUAAUAAUGUAUUACGAUUAAUUAAAGAAAAAAAUAUAUAAACAAAAAUUAUAUAAAAAAUUAUAUUUUUUUUUCUUUUUAUAUAUUAAUAUGUUUUUCAAUUUUUUUAAUUUAAUAAUAUUAAAUAUUUCAAUAAAUAUAAUUUGGCACAUAAAAUUGUAUUAAUCAUAUUAGUAAUAGCAACUUAAUACUUGUUGAUUUAUGGAAGCUAUUUUUAAACAUUAUUGUAAAAUAUGUUAUUACAAAUUAUGAUACAUUAGUUUCGUAAUUUAGAUACGAUCUAAAUAAAAAAACUGCGUAAAACAAAAAUUAUUAAUAUCAUGUAUUAUUUAGUUUAAAUAUUAUAUACAUUUAAUAGAAUAAAAAAUGUUUAUAAAUCAUUUAAAUAUUUAAAUUAAAUUAGAAGAAAAAAGUAAAGAAUUGUUACCAUAUGUUAAAGAAAUAAGUUUAUUUUAUAUAUGUGAAUAUAAUAUUAUAGAAAAUGUAAUAUUAAAGAUUAAAAAUAUAUUUUUAAAAUAAAUUUAUAAAUAUAAUAUAAAUAUUUAAAAAAAUAUAUAUUAUUAAAAUUAUAUAUUUACUAUAAUUAAAAAAAAAUUUUUAUAUAUUAAAAUAUUGUAAAAUAUUGUAAAAUUUUUUAAUCUAUGAUAGAAUAAUAGAUAAAAAUUAUCUUUUAAAUUAAUAAAAAUUAAUAAAAAUUUAAUAAAAUAAAAUAAUAGUAUAAUAAUAAUAAUAAAAAUUAAAUACAAUAUUGUUAUAGAAUAUUAUAAAAAAGCGAAAGAAAAGAUUUAUAUAUAUAUUGAUCAAUAAUUUUAAAAACAAAUAAUAUUAAUAAAUUUGAAUAAAAUAAUACAAAUAGAAAAUUUAAUACUUCAUAAAAUAAAGAAUAAAUUUUUUAAUUAAAUUAUGUCAACUAAUUAUCAAUAUCAAUAUCAGAUAUGCUUGGAUAUGGAGCAAAUUGGAGAGAGAUCAUGUGAAAAUCUUGAAGGAUUUAAACCAUUAACUAUUUUAAUGCAAAUCAUCGGAGCAACAUUGAUAAUUCUAGUUAUAAUUUGGUGUGGCAAUUAUAGAGGUGGUUUCGCUUGGAAUUCUAAUCCAGAAUUAGAAUUUAAUUGGCAUCCUCUUUUAAUGGUUAUAGGAUUUGUUUUUCUAUAUGCUAAUGGAAUGUUAAUAUAUAGAACACAAAGAAAUGCACGAAAACAAAAACUGAAAUUAAUUCAUGCAAGCCUAAUGUUAUUAACUAUUGCAUUAGUUGUAAUUUCACUUGUAGCUGUGUUUGAUAGCCAUAAUUUAAAUCUAAAACCUAUUCCAAAUAUGUAUAGUCUUCAUAGUUGGAUUGGACUUACUAGUAUAAUUUUAUUUUGCUGCCAGUGGCUUGCUGGAUUUCUUUCUUUUUUAUAUCCAAAAUUACAAAUUUCAUUACGAACUUCUUACAUGCCUAUUCAUGUAUACUUUGGAAUCGCAGGAUUUAUUGGUGUAAUUACUUCAUGUCUUUUAGGACUUAAUGAAAAAGCAAUUUUUGCUUUAAAAGAAAACUAUUUCAAGCUUGUAGAUGAAGCAAUAUUAAUUAAUGUAAUUGGAUUUUUAUUAAUUCUUUUUGGUGGAUUAUCAGUUUAUUUGGUAACACAAGAACGUUAUAAACGUUUUGCUAAAUUAGAAGAUGAGGCAUUAGUUAAUAGAACUCAAUAAGUAAUUAUAUUAUAUGAUAAAUUUCUUUUCUAUUAAAUAUAAACAAAAUUUUAGUUCUAUUCUUAUAUAAGUUAUAUCAAACAAUUUCAUUAAUAUCAAAAUUCUGAUUUGUUUAUGUAAUUUUAAUUAGAAAUUUUUAUAUUUUUUAAUUAAAAUAAUAAUAUUACUAUUUAGUUUUGAAUUAAGACAUUAGUAUGAGAAAAUUUAUUCUUUUUUAUGUUGAAUUAUUUAUUAUAUAUUUUUAUUUUUAUUUCUUAUAUUGAAUUAUAUUUAACUAUUAUAUUAAAUACUUAAAUUAUUUAAGUAUUUAAAUAAUAAAAAAAUUAUUUUUAAAUUUUGUAUAAAUUUUGAUCUGAUUAAUGAUCUAUUUAAUUUUUAUUCGCAAAUAUAUACAAUUAAAGUUUAAAUUUGAUAUAUGAAUUUUAAAUUUAUAUUCUUACAUCUAUAUGGUUUCAUUAAUUGUGAUUUUAUUUAUAUUAAAUUUUAAAAAAAUAAAAAAAUAGAAAACAUUAAAAAAUAAGGAUUAUUUUUUAUUUUUUAUAAAUAUUAACAAGGAUUAUUUUUUAGACUUAUUAAUUUUUUAAUAACAUAAAAAAUUUUAAAAAAUAACUUUAAAAAAUUGUUGAAUUUAAUUUUAUGAAAUAUAAUGUAUGUAUAUAUUUUCUGUAUAUGUAUACAAUAUACUAUAGUAAAAAAAUAUAUUAAAUAAAUAUACAGUAAAUAAAUAUUAAAUAGUAGUAUAUAGUAAAUAAAUAUUAAAAAAAUUGUAUUUGAAAUGGUAAUAUCUUACAGCUUAAUAUAAUAAUAAGGUAUUAAAUAUAUUAUAUUAAUGUAUUAUAUAUUAUAAUAUUUUAAAUUAAAAUAUUAUAUCUAAAAUCUAAUAUAUAUUAGAAUAAUAUAUAUAAUAUAUAUAUACAUUUAUGAAUAUUAAAUUUAUAUUUAUCUGUAAAGAUUUAUAAUGAUUAAAAAUGUACUCAUAAAAAUGUAUUUAUUCUGAAAAAUAUAUAUGCAACAAAUUAUGAA